AUGGCGGAAAAGCAAAGAGUCUGUGUUACUGGUUCAGGAGGAUAUAUUGCUUCAUGGCUCGUCAAGUUUCUUCUCUCCCGUGGCUACACUGUCCAUGGAACCGUUCGAGAUCCUUGUGAUGAAAAGAAUGACCAUUUGAAGAAACUGGAUAACGCUGCGAAGAAUCUGAAACUUUUCAAGGCGGAUUUGUUUGAUUACGAAGGUCUUUCUACAGCCAUUUCUGGUUGUUCUGGCGUUUUCCAUAUUGCUUGUCCUGUGCCUUUUGAAGGAGUUCCUCUCACAGAGGAAGAACUUAUUACACCAGCUCUCACUGGCACCAAAAACGUUCUAGAAGCAUGCACAGAAGCUAAAGUGAAGAAAGUUGUUGUUGUGUCAUCAAUUGCUGCAGUUGUUUACGACCCAAAAUGGCCUAAUGUUGCUAAGAACGAAGAUUGCUGGUCAGACACUCAAUUGCUUCACUCCCUUGAGGGUUAUUGGCCUUAUUACUAUCUUGCCAAAACAUUAAUGGAACGUGAAGCUAUAGAGUGGAGCAAGAGAAACCUAGCUGAUGUUGUUACGGUCUGUCCCGGUGUCACAAUAGGCCCUAGGCUUCAGUCCACGCUUAACUCUAGUAGUUUGGGACUUCUCAAGUUUAUAAAAGGCUUUGAAAAGUCCUUGUUGAGUGAUCAACUUUAUCUUGUGGAUGUGCGUGACGUGGCGGAUGCGCUUGUGUUGGUGUAUGAGAAUCAAGAAGCGAAAGGAAGAUACAUUUGCAAUUCUUAUUCACUUCACAAUGAUUCUCUUACGGAGAUACUGAGGAAUAUGUAUCCUAACCGGAACUUCCCUGAAAGUUUCAGGGAGAGGAAAGAGGAGGUGGUGAUGGAAGAGAGGCUUCGUCUAAGUUCAGAGAAGUUGCAGAGUUUGGGAUGGAAGUUUAGGCCGUUAGAAGAAACCAUUGAUGAUUCUGUUGUGAGCUUUGAAGCUUCUGGUGAUCUCCCAAAGCAAAUAGCUUACUCAAUGUGA